AACUACCGGUAAUACAACCACCACGUGACGUCACACUCCUGCGACUGUUUACAUCCAGCGUACGUGCGACGCCAUCAUGGCUCUUUUCCCAGCGUUUGCCGAAGUGUCGGAAGACAAAGUUGAAGAUUCGUCGAAAGAAUUAGACUGGCUCAACAAUAAGAGUUUUCAGGCUGGAAAUGCUCUUUCCCUUCACAGUCGCUUUUUAGAAAAGUCCAUUGAAAAGCCAAACCAAAGGGAGGAAAGUGUUGGAAAGGAUAUUACAUGCUCUGAUGGGGAAGAGAGGGGGGAGGAUGAUGGGCCUCCAAAGAAGAAGAAAAAGAAGAGUGAAAAAAAGAGGAAAAAGAAGAAAAAGCACAAAAAGAAGAGUGGGAGGCUUUCGGACAGUAGUGGAUCAGACUCUGAAACCAUCUAUCCCAGUGAUCUCAAGAGGGAAGAUGAGGGGAUUGGGCAACAGUCUGCUUCAUUAGGAACUCGUUUUUCAUGGUUGGAUGACCUCCAGUUGCCUACAGAAAAUCCAUUCUGUGUGAACUGUAAACCAGACCUGGCCAACUGGACUUAUAAGUCCCUGUACAGAGGAGACGUAGCUAGGUAUCGGAGAAAAGGAAGUUCCUGUUUAGGUCUGGACUUUCGCAGGCAGGGAGUCAGCUGGGAGGAUUCUGAGACAAAGAAGAAGAAGAAGAAAGUCGCGGUCAAUGGGAAUGCAGCUGACAGAUACUUUUCUGUAGCCACUCGAAAGCUGCUGCGGGCUGCGCCUCCUGUUCCUGUUGUCCCGGCGACACCUGAAAGUGGGGAUGCACUCAACUCAACCACCUUCCUCCCUCUGGGUGAUGCUGAACAGCACAACACAAGACAUGAGUUAGAUAGCAGAGCACAGACGUCAGUAAACCCCCUUGGCGUGUAUGAUUCAUCCACCUCCCUGUGGAUGCAGGGGAAGGGACCACUGCUUCAGGACGACGUGAAGCAGGUCACAGAAACAGAGGAAAAGUCUGAGUAUGUGGCUGGAAGGACCGAAGAGUUUAACCGGCGACUCAGAGAGCAGCCAGCAGAUACACAUCUGUGGAUAGAGUUCAUUCGCUACCAGGAUGAGCUGAGUGCAGCUGCAUUUGGAGGUGGCGAGGAGCAGCAGGGCAGUGAUUUAGCGGAGCGCCGCAAGUCGUCCUAUAGGGCGAUUCUGGAGAAGAAGCUGAGCAUUGCUGACAGAGCCGUGGAAACCAACCCCACUUGUGUCGCUCUGCAGCUUGAGAGGCUCCGGAUCUGCCAGGACCUCUGGGAACCCUCCACUUUGGCUAAAGAGUGGAAGAAACUGGUGUUUCUACAUCCAAACAGCGCCCCCUUGUGGAAGAAAUAUCUGCUUUUUACGCAGAGCUACUUCAGCAGUUUCUCAGUGACAAAAGUCAACUCUGCAUACGGAAAGUGUCUGAGCACGCUCAGCGCUGUUAGAGACGGCAGCAUGGUGUCCCACCCAGCUUUGCCUGGAAUUGAGGAGGAUAUGCUGGAUAUCUUCACCCAGCAGUGUCAUUUCUUGCGGCAGUCUGGUCACUGUGAGAAGGCGAUUUCUCUGUUUCAGGCCAUGAUCGAUUUUAGCUACUUCAAACCUGACAGUGUGAAAAAGCUCUCCACAAAGCAGCAGGUUGAUUUCUUUGAGACGUUCUGGGACAGCGGAGAGGCGAGAGUUGGGGAGAUAGGAGCCCGAGGCUGGAAGGCCUGGAUGACCCAACAAGAGCGAGGAGGAUGGAUUCAACCCCCUGCAGAGGAGGAAGAAGAGGAGGAAGAAGAAGAGGACGAAGAGGAGGUGAAAGACCGGAGUCAGCCCAGAGGGACCGUCUGGCUGGAUGUGGAGUCGUCCCGUGAAGCAGCUCACUGGUUGCCCUGGAGACCUGACAAAGCCAAAGGCCAAUCAGAGGAGGACUGUGAGGACCCUGACAGACAGGUGCUGUUUGAUGACAUCGGCCCAUCCCUUAUUUGUCUGACUUCACCAGAACUCCAACUGCGGUUUCUUCUCAGUUUCUUGGCCUUUCUGGGUUUUCCGGUAGAUUUUGUGCUCUCUGCUGCCCCCUAUCAGCCGAGCAUACUCCUGGAGAACCUCUCACUGCUCACUCAAGGUGCAGAGCUCCAGCGUCCUCUGACUUCCUUUAACCUCCUUGAGACGGGGAUUAACCCCGUAGGUCACAUGACCACUCUCCAAGGAACAAGGAAGUGGUUGGGGCUUGGAAAGCAGGGUGAGAAGCUUCUCACCAAUGUGUUCAGCAUGCUGCAGCCUUUCCUUCCUCCUCCCCAUCGAGCCGUUCUGUCUCUCAGCUGGAUGCUGUACGAGAAGCUGAAGGUUUUGCGCUGCCUGCGCAGCGGCAACAAAAAGCGGCUUCGCGCUCAGGGAAAGAGCAGCAAGCGGGUUGCCAAGAGACUCCUCAAAGAACCCGACAAUCGCUCGUCCCUGGUGCUGUGGAGGGAGUACGCACACCUGGAGUGGGUGCUGGGCAACCUGGACGAGGCUCGGAAGGUGUUCUCCACGGCGACGGCGAUGGGAGGAACCAGGGUCCUUAGUAGUCCUGCUCUGUGUGAGCUGUGCCUCCUGUGGUCCCAGCUGGAGGUGGAGAACUCGGCAAAGGAGCCGGGAGGAGUUGCUGAUGCAACGACGUCGCCAGCUGUUGCAGUUCUGACCAGACUGGCAGAAGGAACGUCUUCAUCUUCAUCCUCCCAGACCUUAACCCCAGUUUCAAUCCUGAAGGCCAGGAGAUCGUAUGAUCAGGCUCUGAGCUCCAGCCUGUCAUCUCUGGACCAGAAGAUCCAGAAUCAUCAGCUCGACGGAAACGCCCAAGAUGAGCCGCAAGAAGAGAAGCUGAGGCUAAGAGGUCUGGUUGGCUGCUAUGCUCUGUUUCAGUACCUAACAGUGAGCAUCCAAGCUGCUAAUGCUGUCUACAGCCAGGCCAGAGAGAGGAUGGAGGACCUGCACCGCUCAUUAACACCUGAAAGACAGCUCGACCACGAUGAGGCAACCAGCCGGCCAAGUCGUUCCGUCCUCAGCCAUCAUGUCAGCUGGUUGGCUUCAGACUGUGAGGCUUUAGCAGUGCAACAGGCGGCUCUGCUGAGAUACAACAAUGGUGUCGGUGUGUGUCCUUUGGCAACACUGAGGCAGAUGCUUACCUGUUCCCUCUCAGCUUGGCCCUGCAGCGCCCCCCUGUGGAGUGUUUACAUUCAGGUGGAGAACCGUUACCAUAGCGCCGGCCGGGCACGCCGGUUUUUCCACACUGUAACCAGAGACAACAGCAGCAGCGUGGUACCCCGUCUGUUUGCUAUUGUUGCUGAACAGCAUAGGAAGCAGCUGGUGGAUGCAGCUCAGAGGUCUUGUUGCUCAGAUGAGGCCCUGCCCAUACUACCAGAAAAUGGUCUCAGCAACCGCAUCCGCGGACUGUUCGAGGGCGCCACAUCAACAGAGAUGGGUGCUCAUUGUCCUCUACUGUGGAGGAUGUACAUCCAUUUCCUGGUGUCAGAGGGGAAGGUAGAUAAAGCCAGAGGGAUAUUUUACAAAGCACUGCAGAACAUUCCCUGGGUGAAGGGUUUGUAUAUGGAUGCGGUGCAGUUGUUCCCUGACCACCUGCAGGAGUUUGUGGAUCUGAUGACAGAGAAGGAACUCCGACUAAGACUGCCUUUGGAGGAGCUGGAUAUACUCCUGGAAGACUGAAAGCACUCAGAUGUUUUGUUUGUUGAAUGUUUACUUUGGUGUUUCCUAUUAAAAUACUUCAGUGCAAAGUUAUAAUAUACUUCAAAUUGUUAUUGUAAAGAUCUUCUCAGUAAUAAAAAUAGUUUAUAUGUUU